AUGUCGUUCGGCAAGGCGAUUGAGACGCCCCAUACCUUGGCUUCACUGCCGCCCUCAGUCCAUGGACGCGCGCUUGCAUCCACUGUACAUGCAUUAAAUCGGUCCAAGAAGAGAAAGAGGACAGAAGUUGCUGUGAGCGUGGAUGCGGAAGGGAUAAAUAUCUACAAUGUACAAAACCCGCGCCUUGUCGCUUCUUACGCCUUGCCGCCCCAGACCCGCUUCACUGCGCCGCCAUGCUCGGCAUACCUCAAAGGAUCCGAGGGGUCGCGACGUCUCACAUAUGCCUCUAUAGCAGGCUCAGCGGGUGAAUCGAGGCCGCAAAUUGUUUGCUUCGCCGAAAACGUGAAAAAAGCAUUCGCCGGUAAUCCCACGAAAACUUCAUACGCUCUCCCGAAGUCGUCGAAACCGGUCGUCUCCGUCGAUGUUCUCGCCAACAAUGCCAGUUCACAAUCGCGAGACCCCAUCCAGGAUGUUUUGAUUAUUCAUGCGGACGGCCAAGUGGUGUGCCUGUCAGCGGACCUCACAACGGAGAGAUGGAGUGAGAAUCUUAGUAGCCUAUAUAGCUCACAGGACUCUUCCCAAGAGAAAAAUGGUAUUGCCGUUGAGCACAUCUCCUACACCGAAGCGGCCGCCGCUAGAAAAGGUCUUCUGAAGGGUCGCGAAGAUGUCAUUGCUCUACUGGAUCCCACAUUGGACGGCGAUUCCGGCUUUUUAGAAGCUACCAGGCUACUUUGCGUGGUGACUGCUGAAGCUCAACCCGCGGUCACAAAACUCAAGCCACGAAAGCUACAGCUUUACGCACUUCGGCCGAGGUCGCCGGAUUCCAUCACCAGCCGUCGACCAGCUAUGCAACAUCUGCUGACCUGGGAUUUACCCACUCCUCAUGUUAGAAGCCACGAUCCGGCACGCCAGCCAUUGUAUAAUAUCCAUGCCCUGUCUGGUACACUUCAUCAACUGCUCGCUGGCACAAUCACGACCUACGACCUCUCAGGGACACUCCCACGGAUAGUUUCGGAGCUUGGUGAUGACGCCUCUUCAUUUCAAAGCUUCGUCCGCCUGUCUUCUUCGCUCCUGCUGGCAUCUUCAGCAACAACAUGUGGAAUUUACGAUGUCAAAUACGAUUCCGUCCAGGCCGUGAUACCGCUUGGCUCGGACGCUGAAGCAGUAGCCAACUCCAAAAGGAAGCAGGACAAAUCAGCCGCGAACCUUGGAUCGUUAGCCCUUUUGACCUACUUUGGGGACAUUGGACUGGCUGUUGGUUUGGCUGACGAUGAACUGGUUGGUAUACACAUCGGGACCGACGUGGUUCCGUCGAAGCGGACCCGAGCAACUGAGGGCUUGUUGAUAGAUUCCAUUGGAAGGGGUAUCGGCAAGAAGAGCGCCAGAACAGAGAAGAUUCGUCAAAGUACUUUGGCUAAGCCUCCGAAGGGCUGUCUGGUCGGCCCUACAGGAUCAUUGGAUUCCACUUGGUCCGAGAAAAUGGCCGAGCUUGAUAGACAUCUUGAGAACGGCGACAUUGAUGACUUCGAGAGGCUGUUUGCCGAGAGUGUGGGCAUUUCACUUGCAGAGAAUACCCUGCCAAAUGCCGGAGACUCAGCACCGAAGGUUUUACCGAAUGGUAUCAAACAGCCAAGUAGAGCCGACGGUGAUACCCAGUCAGACAGUGGAGUAAGAGCGAAUGUCGACAAAGUCGACGGAACAAGUUCUGCAUCUGAAAAUCAAUCGCUUGUGCUGGCGGAAGAGUGUCCACUUCCUGAUUGGCAGUUUCCGAGCCACAUCUCCAGCAGGUACCGCCAGGCUCAUCGGCACAAAGCAUUGUACGCGCUGCGUAAGAUUUUCUCCCAGGUUCACCCAAGUGAUGGUUCGUUCCAAGGGGAAGAAGAUACGCCAGGAUCAAUCACCAUCCAGUUUUAUCCGCCGAACCUCUUUCAUUGGCUUAUCAUCUCGGGCUUUCUCACACCCGACAUGGUCACCCAAGCGCUGCGGACGUCACCUGGUGCCAGUAAUAGCUCAACUUCCGUUGCUUCACCGGACAUCAUCUCUGCAAUCGUCGAGUACGAUCCAGAGAUGCACCUCCUCCACAGCAUUCUCGACGGGCCCUCCUACCUCGACAUAUUCCAGACCGUCAAAGCCAUCCAACUCCUCAUCCGCAGCCUCGACAACAAACCUAUUCCAGCACCCACACCUCUCCUCCUCACCAACGGCACGACCAGUGUAGCGAACGACACAAACAACGACGAAGACGACGCCAACCUCGCCGAAGCCGAAGACGCCGCCUCCUCGGACCUCGAUCACGCCCUCAGCACCCUAGAAGACGGCCUCGCGAUCCGCAGCCGCAGCCUCCGCACCGCGCUCACAAAACUCCACUCCUUCCCCGCUUCCCACAUCACCUCCGCCCUCCGCGCAACCCUCUCCCACCACGAAAUCAUCUUCCUGAUCCAGAUCCUGCGCAUUGAGCUCGCAGACGGCGGCUGGACGGCGCGCUACAUCGACGCCGGCCCCAGCGGGCGAAGCGACGAGGCCGGCGAUCCAUCAGAUCGCGGCAUCGUGAUCAUCGCCGAGCUGCUCAAUUGCGCUCUUGACGCUAUCGGCGCGGCAGGAUGGCUCGUCUCCGGGCUGAACGCUGCAGACGGCGGUGCAGAGGACCUGCUGCAUUCGCUGCGCCUCGAGAUCUCGGCUGCGUUGGAGGGCACGCACGAGGCGAGCUUUAUGCGCGGCUUGCUGGACGAUUUCUGCAGGUACGGGGCGAAGAAGCAACGGACGCCGGGCUUGCCGAGCGCGAAGGCGCAAAGGAGGAAGGGGAAGCCUGUUACGGUUGCGCUGGCCACGCCGGAGGAGGCGACGGAGAGGAGAAUCUUGCCGCUUGGGUUCAAGGUUGAGAGUAAAGUGCCCGAGACUAAGGUUAGUGCGGGUGGGCAGGUCAAGGUGAAGAGUAAGAGGGAGAUUGGGUAUGAGAUUAGUCGGAAGGUGGGGAAGUAUAGUUUUGAGAGGAUCGUGAUAUGA